AGCACAGCCUCGGAACUCAUUUUCCUCUCCUCCCCACGCAGCAGGUCAUUUCCCAUCCCUAUCCCUCCUCGCCUCACUUCUCACCGGGAAGUUUGAUAUCCGCUGGGAUUCUAUCAAAUUGCCAUCUUCUAUCACAUUGCCAUUUUGUUCUUCCACCAUCAGUGCUGUACUGGGAAGCUGCAUAAUGCACUUACUUAUACGACUCAGAAUUUCACGAUGUCGAUGGCGGGAAGUUGCAGUGGCAGUGAUACGCCUCGCUUGUAGAGGGGGAAGAGCCCAUGGCAGGAAUGUGUGUGCGAGUGUGGUGUUGUACGGAGGGGUCGAGUGACUACUUUGGUACCUUACCUGGUUGUCGCUUCCUGGUCAGAGUGUCUGAGCAGGCCAGAAAGAGGGAGAGGAAGGAGGGGGAGCGAAGAGAUGGGAAGUUACGCUGGGAAGGUUCGCCCUGCGGAAGUGGUGGUGAUGACGAUGAUGAGUUUAUGUUUUGUUGAGUUUGGCUUUUUGUACGCUCGUUACGUGGAGAGGGAGAUUUAUAAACACCUGUUUCUCACUACAGUCGCUCAUUGAGUUUACCCCCCGCUCUUCGUCAUUCAAGCAUACUCUCAUUCUCCUCAAUUCCCUCUCCCUCAUCCACUUCCUCAAAUCCACACCAACCCACCACAACAAUGAAGCUCUCCCCGUCCCUCCCCCUCAUCCUCCUCCUCAGCAACCCCCACCUCACCACCGCACGCAUCCCAUCGAACUGGGCGACAUCCAUCUCCCCAAGCACAAUCCUGAACGCCUCCCGCAUGCGCGACCGUUCCCCAUCGAUUUUCGUCAGCGGCGGGCCAGACACGCCGCAUCUAGCGGAUAUCAUUGGCACGUGUAAGAAUGAACAGGGUGGAAUUGUGCAAAAGGCAGAUUGUCAGCUGUCGGUUCUGGAGACGGGAUUUUGUAUGGGUUUGGCGGUUUUAGCAUAUCGCUCGCCCACCUACUGGGCCGGUGCAUUUGGUCCAAACGGUAACAACAAGCGCGCUCUCGCAGCAACAGACGAUUUCUUCGCUCUCCUCCCUGACCACCUCGAAGUCAGCAACAUCAAGCUCAACGGCGCUGUUCUACCUCCCGAUCCUUCCAGCCUGUCUCUCCAUCGUCGUAAAUCUGGGGCAAAAGAAUACAGUGUUUACUACAAAGGCUCUCUCCCUCUGACUUUCAUGGUCCAUCAUAAAUCACAUUCUUUGAACGAGAAUGAGAAUGAGAUCGAGAAUGAUAACAAUGCCCAUACCGUCCCCCUUUUCGCAGCAACAGACGGCACCAAAAUGUGGCUAACACACAUCAAACCCAUCACCACUCCCCAACCCUCCUCCUCCUCCUCCCCUGGUUCAUCAACCCUCAAAGCCCGCAGCGGCUACAACGGCUACAACCACAUCGGCGCAGGCGGUAUCCGCCUCCUGGGUAACUCAGACCCGAUCGCAACAUGGGACGACACCAUCGCGUGGCUGAACUCCAGAACUGAAUCUGGAGGUGCAAGGCCGUAUGAUUAUGUGCUGAAUAUGGCGAAUAUGGGGACUUUUGUAGGGCAUAGCUUGAGGAGUAAUGUGCAUGAUUUGAAGGGGAGUGCGUGGGGGUUUAAUGGGCAGUUUGGGAUGCAGGGGGAGUAUCAUGGAUUCUCGCCUGAUUGGGAGGGAGAUUUUAAUUGGUGUUUUGGAGCUUACCCGACGAAUUGCUGAGUGACCAUUACGAGCUACCAUUAUCCUUAACUCACUCUUGGCUCUGAAAUCACUGCGAAGCAGUCAGAGAUCUCAAUAUUGGUAUUAUUGAGCUCUUUAGUCUGUGGACGGAAGCUGGCUUCUGGGAUAUGAUUCAUCAUGCUGGAAAGGAUGCUUUAGUCGUUUCAUCAACUCUUUUGCUUGUUUACCUAGUGCGCCCUGACGAAUGAACUAACUCUACUUACUUACAUUCACUCUACAACCCUCUCACUCUCAGAACUUCAC